CAGUUGACAUUUUACCUUUGUAAGGUUAAGACGUAUGUGAAGUUGUUGUUGCACGUGUUGUUUUUAAGUUUAAUUAAUUAUUUUCUUUUUGUUUAUGGUUGAUAUUCGUUUUUGUUAAAUGAAUGUGCCCUUUUACUGUGUUUUAAAUAUUUAAAAGUGUCCGAACUUGGGGAUGGUUUGCUAAAAAUGUUCUUUGAAAAAUCUUAAAAAACUUAGGAUGUCAACUGCUGUGAGUAAUCACGGUGGAUCAGGACCUUUAAGUUUAAUGUCCUGUGUAAGAGAAUCGUCACCCCCGCAGGAUUUUGGUCCUGAAUAUGAACCAGAAAAAACCGUUAGUACAAAGAAACGGUUUUGGAACCCCAGGAAGUGGUUUAAAAGGAAAAACAACAAAGUGGCCGACGACGUCAAUGUGUCUAAUGACUCGGAGGUUAAAGAAGGGCUUCGAAGCAGGUCUUCGAGUGAGUUAUCGGAACCGGAAGAGGCUCCUAAGCGAAGAAGUGGUGUUCCUAUGCAUCCAGGAUUAAGUGUAUCCCAUGACAGUGUUUUCCAUUCGCCACACUCUGGUUCAGAAAUCGAAUUAGAAGGUGCCCAUAGCGCUUCCUCGCUCUCGGUGACGACGUCGACGACGACAACGACGCCUCACGGCGCUCUCGGAGGCGACAGGUUACAGACUGAACUUAUAAAAAGGUUAAGAUUGAGAAGAGGUAGAGAAGACACAAGCGAAGAUGAUGAAGGCCUUCCAAGAAGUCCUUGUAACUCGCCGACUGCCACAGAAAAGACUGCAAAUAAAGACCAUCCAACUAAAUCUCACAGCACUUGUAGCGAAGGUUCUCUUAUCAGCAUGGGUAGUUCAGAAAUCGAAGAAGAUUCUUCCGGCCCACAAUCACAUCAUUCCUCAAAGGUUUCCUUGCAGGACAAGAAAUCUUUAGAUGGAGAUUUAGAAUUAGAAAACGUCCAAAACAGUUCAACCCCAUUAAAUCACAGCGCAGCACAUCAUCGCGUUUCCGUUAGACCUAGUAGAAGAUAUGGAGCACCAAGAAAAAGAAGAAAUCAACCAAUAUCAACAAACGCACUUCCAACAACUUUAGAAGUUAACGAAGAAUCUUCCAAUCGAAGCGUUACUCCAGAAAUUACAAUAAGAGAAACCGUCACAGAUUUUUACACAGCUUCUUCCUCUGUGAGCAAACGUUCCGAGACAUCUCGUUAUCUCACAGUAAACCAAUUAAAAUGCUCUUCUCUUCCUCCUGGCUUAGCUUCGCCAAAUUCCAAUGCGAAUAAGCUGCAUAGAAGUCGCUCGAACGCUGGAACAAAAUCUCAAGAUGAAAUUGGAACGUUGGGCGAAGAAGAAGAUGAAGGUGCCGAAAAGAAAAACGAGUCGUUUUUGGGGAAAUUAUUUCCAAUUAGAAGAAGCGGCAAAAAGAAACGAGGAUCGAAAGAAGACAAAGAAAAAAAUAAGGACGAAUGUGAUCAAAUUAAAAUUGAUGAUGUUGAUAAAAAGAGUGUGUCAUCACCGAUUGAUAUUGAGAAGAAAGUUUUGGAAAUCCCUCCAAAACCAUUUCCAAGAUCUGGACCAGCUUCGAGACAAAGAAUCGCUCCGAAUGAUAUCCCACCUUCACCCGAUUUGAAUCAACAAAGACACGACGAUUUAAUAUUAACUAAAUCAUCGCCGGAAAAAAAUGUUUCACCUUUACAUUUAGAAUUAGAAUCUAAAUUACAACAACGAAUGACAAACCUACAAUUUUCUCCUACAUCAGAAGAUAAAAAGCAUUUUAUCAAAAACGAAAAGAAAAUUGAAUCAUCACAAUUUCAAAAGAAAACGGUCACUCAACAAAUCGAGGACGAAAAAGGUUUCAAAUCGUUAACUAAUUUCACUGAUAAUCAAGAUUUCAAACCGAUCAUUGCAAAAUCACAUAGUUUUAAGGUCAUUAAAAACGACACGAAAUGUGAGGUUGAAACGAAAAAUGUUGAUGUUGUUAAAUCAAAUAGUUUUGAGAGUAUCUCAAAGUUGGAGGUUUUAAAUAAAAAUGAGGGAAAUAAGUUUGGGGAAUCAUCAAUUACAAUUUCUUCAGGUCCAAGUCAUAAAGCUAUUGUUAGUAUUGGAAGUCAUAAAGAGGAAAGAAGUGAGAUUACUAAAGAAGAAGUGAAAAUAUUUAAAGAGGAAAUUAAGGAGUUAAAAAAUAGAAAUGAUGAUGUUAAAUUAGAAAAAGAUGAUGAUUUUAAAUUAACCGAAUCAAAUCAAGUUUUGAUUACAAAGGUUCAAGUCAAAAAAGAAUCAACACAAAUAAUAAAAACGGGUGCGAAAAUACCUGAGUUUAUGAAUGUUCAAUUACAUAAGGUUGAGAAAUCUAAUAAUAAUGUUGUUUUAUCAACUGGGAAACCAAAAACACCUCCAAUUAUUGAUGAGCAAUCUGAAAAAGUGCAGAAGGAAGAAAUUAAAAAAGAUGUUCAAAAAGAACAAAAAAGGGAGAGUCAGAUUGAAAUUAAAAAGGAAAUUCAAAAAGAUACUAAGAAAGAGGUUCAAAAUGAGAUUAAGAAAGAAAAUAAAGUCGAAAAUAAAAUUGAAAUUAAAAAGGAAAUUAAGAAAGAAAAUAAAAUUGAAAUUAAGAAAGAAAUUAAAAAAGAAAUUCAGAUAAUUGAUGAUGUAGCUGAUGAGAAUAAAUUAAAAUUAAAUAAAGAUGAUGAUAAAGAUAAUCAAGUUGUUGAAAAUGAAUCAGAAAAAAUUGAAAAUGUUCGUAAAUUUAGUAAAGAAGAUAUAGAAAUAAUAGAGAAAGAUGAUGUUGAUAAAAAUCACACAGCAACCGCUUUAAUAAAAAUAACAACGAUGUCAACACCAAAAAUAUUAAAAAAACCCGAUAAUAUUCCAUUAAAAAAAUCGAAUUUUAUUCAAGAUAAACCAAUAUUAAAAAUAAAAUCAUCAAGUUUAGAUAUGGUCGAGUUACAAAAAGAAAAAGAAAUCGAUAAAAAUUUAAAAUCAGAUAAUGAAAAAAUUGAAUUAAAAUCAAAAACUCAUUCAGCCAACGACAUAAACAUAAACGAUACAAACCAAGUAACAUACCGAAGAAAAUCAAUAAUAAAUCAAAAAAAAGAUGACGAACCGGAAUUAAUGAAAGUAUUCGCGAGAAGAUCAUUAAAAUUAAAAGACUCCGAUAGCGAAGCUUUAAGUCAACAAGUAGUAAAAAUGAUUGACGAAGAAAACGAUGUUAAUAAAAGUCGCGAUUGUGAUAAAGAAAAUCAAGAUGAACGUAAUAAAACGAAAAUAGAUCCGGAAGUAACGUUAAGAAAACCGAUUGUUAAUAAUAAAAUUGUUACAACAUACCAAAGAGCGGUUAGUUUAAAUCAAAAAACGAACGAUGUUAACACGGAGAAAUUGUUGCAUAAACAGUAUUCGUUGGCGGAAAGACCGAAAACUGAGUGGAUUAAAAAUCAGGAUGAAAUUAUUUUGGAUAAAGGGGUGUUUAUUGAGGAAGAUAAUAAGCCCAAAAAUUUUAAUCAAAGAAUGGCUGAAUGGGAAAAAAGAGCACAAUCAGUAAGAAAAAAUUCACCUUAAAAAAAUCAAUUUAGAUUUUAUUAUAAAUAUAAAUAAAAAUAAAAAAGAAAAUCAGUCA